UGAUGGGUGACAAGGGUAACUGGGUAAGUAUAAUGUUUGUUAAUGGAAGAAGGAAAAUGAGAGAUUGACCCCACACGAAGACUCUUAAGUAGACAAAAAGUUUGGCCGAUCAAGACACACCACUAUACAUCAAUAGAUACGUAUAUGUAAUGCAGAAAUGAAUGUGAAUAUGUUUGAAAAAAUGGACAAGAGAGAAGGUAAAAGAACAAGAGAGGAACAAGAGCAUGUUAUGGCAAUGAAGGACCCCCCACCUGCAUUCAAUGCUUGUUUUACUCUCUUUACUCACUCCAUUAACUUUCUUCUCACUACAAAUACUCCUUCCCUCUCUUCUCUUCUCUUACACUCCAUAAACAUUUCAUACCAUCUUGAUCUCAUCUCUCAAUAUAGCCACAGUAUAAAUAUAGGUAUCUGAAAAGAAGAAAUAGAGAAGUUAUGCCUUGCUCUGUGAGGAGUGGAUUCAAGAUAGUGUUCUGUUUCAUUCUUCUGCUUUUGUCAUCCAAUAUUGGAUGUGCUAAUGCUCGUUGUUUAGGGCUUCACAAGCAUCAUCACAAGAUUCAUCACAAGGUUGCUUCCUUGGUACAAGAUGUUGUCAAUGGUGGAGGAAGGAAGAGGGUAUUGGGUGGAGUGGAGACAGGGGGAGAAGUAGUGGUCAUGGAUUAUCCUCAGCCUCAUCGUAAGCCUCCCAUCCACAACGAGAAGGCUUAAAUUACUCUCUAUACAUCAUAUGAAUCACCACACUGUUAUAUGCAUUCACCAUGCUGGUGGUUUUAAUGACACUCUUGAACUAUAUUCAUUACCAACUCCUUUUGUUCUCUCUUUCUUCGUUCUCUAAAACAAACAAGCUGCACCUCUUCCUUAUAAUAUAUUGUAUUUCAUGUGGAA